CAUUUUCAAUGGAUUUAACGGAAAAAAAUAAGCAGUGUGAAGAUGAUAUAGAAAGAGAAGUUAUUCUAAAGGAUGAUGAAGGAGGUGAACGUUUAGAAAAUGUUGAAAAUGACCAAAAAACAGUGAUUGAUGAAGAAUCGAAAGUUGAACUUGGAAACACACAAACUUCUAAAAUUGUCAAAAGUGACGACAAACAAACUUCUUUAGAGACUUCUGAAGAAGCUGAAAGUCAAGAAAAGAGAUCAAAUAAUGAAUCCAAUCUUGAGAAUGUCUCACCUGGGGAUAAGCUACCGACAGAUGAAGAAUUGGUAGGUGGCAAUGAGCCUUCACAGACUUCACUGGCAACAACUGUCGACGAAGUAAUUGCAAAUGUCGAUGAAGAGAAGAAGAAAGACGAAUACAUAGACCUUUUGGGAAAUGGUCUUUUGUUGAAAAAGAUCAUUAAAGUUGGCAGUAAUGUUGACGCAAAACCAGUUGCUGGCCAAGAAGUUUGUGUAAAAUGCGAAGGACAAUUACCCAGUGGUGAAAAAGUUGAUGUGAAAAAUGAGUUGAGUUUUAUUGUUGGUGAUGGUGACGUAAUAACAGCAUUUGAUCUGUGUAUUCCAACAAUGUCGGUGAAAGAAGUUUGUGAGCUGAAAGUUGAACCAAGGUUUGCUUAUGGCUCCCUGGGAAGAGAAGAUGACGAGGAAGGUGAUAUACCCCCUGACAGUGUUGUCACCUAUAACCUGGAGCUUUUAUCCGUUGCUAAUGGACCUGACGUUUCAAAUUUGACAGAUGAACAAAGAAUUGAUAUUGGAGACCAAAAACGUGAACGUGGAAAUGACUUAUAUCGAAGAGAAGAGUUUUCUUUAGCUGUUUAUUCUUACAACAGAGCAUUGAAAUACUUAGGAUCAUCCAAUUCAAAGGAUAUAGUGGAAUUAAGAAUAAAAUGUUGGAACAACAUAUCAGCUUGUCAUUUGAAGGCAAAGGAAUAUAUGGCUGCUAGAAAUACUUGUGACUUGGUGCUUGGUGUGGACCCUGAUAACGUGAAAGCAUUAUUUCGCAAAGGAAAGGUUCUACGUUUACAAGGAGAAUAUGAAGACUCUUUUAAAAUCCUUAAGAAGGCAAAUGACCUUGAUCCAAGUAAUAAUCUUAUUCGUGAGCUUUACAUUGUGCGACAGAAAUAUGAGGAGAGCCGACAGAAAGAACGUACAAUGUAUCAAAGAAUGGUGGGUUGUCAUGGUGAUGAUGAUGAUAAACCUAAUGACAGUAAUAAAAAGUUUUUCACUUGGCCUGUCAUCCUAACAGCAAGCAUUGCCGUGGGUGUUGUUGUUGUUGCAGUUAUUUUUGCGAGGCAUUAGAUGGUUAAUGGAUGAUACUGCUUGCCAUAGAAGUUGAAAUCCAGCUGAUUAGUGCCGCUGUUUGAAAAGAUAUGCUUUCUUGUUGACCAUGCAAACAAUUCUUGACUUAUAAAUGGAAGUUUCUGAGAUUAAAAUGUGAAAUUAAAAUAGUAAAUUAACUUGCAAAUGCAAAUAAAACUCGUAUAAGAUUCAA